UGUCCCCGUCCCCGGCUGUACCGUAUUUAUAUCAUCACCACCCCUCCACCCCUCCUUCGCCGUCUCUCCCCUCCCCGAAAUGGCAUUCCUCUUUAGACGCCUCUUCUCCUCCGCCCAGACAUCACCCGCAAACAUGGCCGCCACCAAGCAGAAAGUCCAGCAGCUCAUCGACGACAACAAGGUCGUCAUCUUCUCCAAGUCGUACUGCCCCUACUGUCGCCAGACAAAGUCCACUCUCGACGAGCUCAACACCGACUACACCGUCCUCGAGCUCGACCAGAUUGACGACGGCAGCGCCAUCCAGGACGCCCUCCAGGAGAUCACCGGCCAGCGCUCCGUCCCCAACUCCUUCAUCGCCCAGAAGCACAUUGGCGGCAACUCGGACCUGCAGAACCUGCUCAAGGGCGGCAAGCUCGAGAACCUCCUCAAGGAGGCCGGCGCCCUCAAGGCGUAAGGCAAAAACACCUUCCCGCCCUUGUCGUUGUUGUUCGAUGGGAUAGAAGGCAGUCGCACAGCAGAUAAUGAGACGCUGACUGACGGGCGCGUCGCCAUCAAAAAAGAAGGCCGUCCAAGCUGUAGCUCAACGAUGCUGUAAGCCGUAUUGGAUUGGGAGGAGCGCGGGCAUGUCGAGAUACCACCGCAGGUCAUGGGAUAGAGACCUGCGGCGCCUAGAACGUCUCCAAUACAAACGAUUUCCAUAAAACAUGUGACAAUAACCGCCU